GUUAUCACUGAGUCUUGAAUGAAGCUUCCCCCUAUGUUGUGUUUUGUUUCGCAGAUCCAGAAAUGUGUCGGAGCUUGCUUUUCGCCCUCUUGUGUGGAUUUGCAGUGGCCAUUAUCAGACCAGAGCUGGAUCAACACUGGGAACUGUGGAAGAAGAUGCAUAAUAAAGUGUAUAAUGAACAGAAUGAGGAGUUGGGUCGUAGGCGGAUAUGGGAAGCAAACUUGGAUAUGAUAAAUGUUCAUAACCUGGAAGCCUCCCUGGGCUUGCACACCUAUGAGUUGGCAAUGAACCACCUGGGAGACCUGACCACUGAGGAGGUCACUGGCACACUCAUGGGUACCACUGUGCCUUCUGACCUGGAGAGGAGUACCUCCAACUUUGUAAAUGUUAAGGAUCUACCAGAGUCACUGGACUGGAGGGAAAAAGGCCUGGUGACUGAGGUCAAGUCACAGGGUGAUUGCGGCUCUUGUUGGGCCUUCAGUGCAGUUGGAGCUCUGGAGGGGCAACUUAAAAAGACUACAGGUGUCCUGAUGUCCCUGAGUUCUCAAAACCUUGUGGACUGCUCCAUAAAAUACGGCAACCAUGGGUGCAAUGGUGGCUUCAUGUCAAAUGGCUUCAAAUACGUCAUGAAAAACCAAGGCAUAGACUCUGACGCAUCCUACCCCUACGUAGGAAAGCGUGGUCAGUGCAAGUAUAACACACUUCAUCGGGCUGCUAACUGCUCAGGAUAUGCCUUCAUACCAGAGGGGGAUGAAUCUGCAUUGAAGGCUGCCAUAGCAGAGGUUGGCCCCAUUUCUGUGGCAAUUGAUGCCUCAAGGCCCAAAUUUGUCUUCUACCGCCAUGGUGUCUACCGGGACCACAGGUGCAGCCAUAAUGUGAACCAUGGAGUGCUAGCUGUGGGCUACAACAGAGAGAGAGGACAUGACUACUGGCUGGUCAAAAACAGUUGGGGUGUAAAUUACGGAGAUGAAGGCUACAUUAAGAUGGCUCGAAACAAACAUAACCAGUGUGGCAUCGCCCGCUACGCUUGUUACCCUAUCAUGUGAUCAACGGAUGACUCAGUUCUGGAUGUAAAGAUCUAUAAUUUAAUCUUAUUUUAUAAAAUAAACA